AUGGGGUCCAUCCUCUCUUUCCCUUCGAGGGCGACCCAACCUCCCCUGGAUGAACAACGCCCCAGCUCGAACUCACUCCCCAGAUGUGUCUUCCGCGACUGGAACUCACUCCCCGGAUAUGUCAUCCUGUUGAAAGAUCUGGAGAGGUUCCACAGAGCUGUCUAUCUGGGCGAACUCGAGGAAGUGCGGAAGAUGGUUUACUACAACAGAGACGUGCUAAAUACCACGGACAAGAAGCACAGGACUGCUCUCCAUUUGGUCUGCACCAGGAGAGAUACACGGAUGCUAACUUUCCUGCUGGACAGAAAAUGUGACCUUAACCCCCGUGAUGGUGAAAACAGGACACCUCUGAUGAAGGAUCAACAGACGCCACUUUUGGUGGCUCUGAGAGAAAGGAAAAUGGAAGUGGCCGAAUUUUUAAUAAAAGAAAGAGCCAAUGUGAAUGUAGUGGAUGGCCUGCAAAGGUACAGUAGUUAG